CCUAUCUUUCCGAUUUCUGAACGUCGAAUUGUUACGUAAAGAGUCCGGCCGAACCUCUUUCGUGACCUCUCCGACCAUCUACUGUGCAUUUAUUCGAUCGAUUCUUCUAAACGAAAAUGUUCUCUACCGUCUGCAGGGCCGGCCGUUUGGCCACAAGGACGGUAGUAAAUAAUAGUUCCGACAAGGCACCCUUAGUUGCAGCGCCCGUGGUGAACAAACGUGAUUAUGCAGCAGCUGCAGGAAAGGGACAAGGUAAGGUGGUAGCUGUUAUUGGUGCCGUUGUGGACGUACAGUUCGAAGACAACCUACCACCCAUUCUAAAUGCCCUUGAAGUACAAAACCGUCAACCCCGGCUUGUGCUGGAGGUGGCACAGCACUUGGGAGAGAACACCGUCCGUACCAUCGCUAUGGACGGUACCGAGGGUCUGGUUCGUGGCCAGCCCGUCCUCGACUGCGGCUCGCCCAUUCGUAUCCCCGUGGGCGCUGAGACCCUCGGCCGCAUCAUCAACGUAAUCGGAGAGCCCAUCGACGAGCGCGGCCCCAUCCCCACUGACAAGACUGCCGCUAUCCACGCUGAGGCGCCCGAGUUCGUGGACAUGUCCGUGCAGCAAGAGAUUCUGGUCACUGGUAUCAAGGUCGUCGACCUGCUCGCCCCCUACGCCAAGGGAGGUAAGAUCGGUCUGUUCGGAGGUGCCGGAGUCGGUAAGACAGUACUUAUCAUGGAGCUAAUCAACAACGUCGCUAAGGCGCACGGUGGUUACUCAGUAUUCGCUGGAGUAGGUGAGCGUACCCGUGAGGGCAAUGACUUGUACCAUGAGAUGAUUGAGUCCGGAGUAAUAUCCCUGAAGGACAAGACCUCAAAGGUAGCACUUGUAUACGGUCAGAUGAACGAGCCCCCAGGCGCGCGUGCCCGUGUUGCUCUAACUGGUCUUACCGUGGCUGAAUACUUCCGUGAUCAGGAAGGUCAGGAUGUGCUGCUGUUCAUUGACAACAUUUUCCGUUUCACCCAGGCUGGUUCUGAAGUGUCUGCCCUGCUGGGUCGUAUUCCCUCUGCUGUAGGUUACCAACCAACCCUGGCCACUGACAUGGGUACCAUGCAGGAGCGUAUUACCACCACCAAGAAGGGAUCCAUCACCUCCGUGCAGGCUAUCUACGUGCCCGCUGAUGACUUGACUGACCCUGCCCCUGCCACCACCUUCGCUCACUUGGACGCCACCACUGUACUGUCCCGUGCUAUUGCUGAGCUGGGUAUCUACCCCGCCGUGGACCCUCUCGACUCUACUUCCCGUAUCAUGGACCCCAACAUUAUUGGUGCUGAGCACUACAAUGUGGCUCGUGGUGUCCAGAAGAUCCUUCAGGACUACAAGUCACUCCAGGACAUCAUCGCUAUCCUGGGUAUGGAAGAGUUGUCUGAGGAAGACAAGCUGACUGUCGCUCGCGCCCGUAAGAUCCAGAGGUUCUUGUCCCAGCCUUUCCAGGUUGCAGAGGUAUUCACUGGACACGCUGGCAAACUGGUGCCCCUUGAGGAAACCAUCAAGGGCUUUUCUAAAAUCCUGCAGGGCGAGUAUGAUCACCUACCUGAAGUAGCAUUCUACAUGGUUGGACCUAUUGAGGAAGUUGUUGCUAAGGCCGAGACCCUAGCCAAGUCGUAAAUGAACUUAGUUUUUAGUGUUUCCAUUAAUAAGUGAUUGCUUAUGCAUACAAUAAAUUAUGUAAACAACAAGCAGAUAUAUUGUAGAUAAACAUUCUUUACCAGUAUGUAAAAAUUUGUAACUUA